CGGGGGGUGGAGGCUAUGGGUGCGUUCAGAAGACACAACUGUUGUACAACUGUUGAGUGAUCGUUCUCUGAACGCAUCCUGAUCAGUGAGCGGAACUCAACAUGUUUAGUGAGCGGACGCCAUUUUUCUGAGCAGUUUUCAAAUGCGCUCACUGAUCACAACACGUUGCAACAUUUAAAUGCGUGUGCUUGUAUACUUAUGACAGAGUGACAGAUGGGAACGCAACCAAGAUGUACGAAGAAAUAUAUUUAUAUAAUAAUGCUUCUUAUAGUAUAAUGGAUACUAAAGAAAUGCACGAAUUAUUGAAAAACGAUCCAGCAUUUCUUGAAGAGUAUAUAAAAAAAAACACGACUGCACCUGUACUACUAUCAAUAAAUGAAAUGGAAAAUACAGGACAAAACAUUACAGAAGAAAAUAGUUUCACAUGGUCAAUAAAAUCAACGAAGCUCUUUCUCGAAGCAUAUUCAGAAAGAAAGUUACAAUUUCGAGAUCCUAAAGUAAGGAAAAAGCAAUUGUGGCAAGAAAUUGUACAAAUAUUAAAAAUGCAUGGUUAUAGAAACAUAGAUGAAAAUACUCUAGACCGUAAGAUGAGAAAUAUGAAGAGAUCCUUUAAAACAAUUAAAGAUAAUAAUAAAAAAAGUAGUACUGGACGUGGACGUGUGUCUUGGGAGUAUUAUGAUAUAUUGGAACAAAUUUUUGCCGACGAUAAAACUGUAAACCCUGAUAAUAUAUUAGAAUCUACUAUAAAUGUCGAAGAAGUGAUAAAUGCAUCAUGUCAAUUAUCUACUACAAAAUCUGUACAAAAUGAAAAUUCUUCAAUAUUACAUACAAAUUGUAUUACAAAUCAGUCCAGUUUUUCAACAACACCAUUAUCAGAUAUGACUAAUUUUAAUGAUGUAUUACCAGAGACUUGUCUCAAUUCGCCUUCUAUAUCCACUACUUCCUCAAUAACAUCACAUCACAUUUCUGAUCUCAAAUCAACAAAAAACAAAAGGUCUUUAUAUAAUCAAAGAAAAAAACAAAUAGAAAUAGAGCAAAAAAGAGUACAAGCAAUUUGUGACCUGAAAGAAUCUUUAAACGAAAGUAACAAAAUUCAAAAAGAACGAAAUGACUUAAUAAAACAAUUAAUUAUAUCACUUCAUGAAGAAAGAAAAUAAAAUUAUUCUUUAUGUAAGAGAGAAGAGAGAGAAUUGGAGACU